GCGGCGGCGGCGGCGGCGGCGGCGGAGGAGGAGGAGAAGGGACCCGGACCGGAAGGGUCGAAGCGCCCCGGCGCCCCUCACACCCACUGCGGCGGCGGCGGGGCGGAGCGGAGCGGGGCGGGGCGGACGGCCGAGCCCCGGGCAGCAGAGCCGCGAGCGGCCAGUGCGCAGCGCCGCCAGUCCGCCCGCCCGCCCUCUCCCCCUGGCGCGGCGGCUGGGAGGCGAGGAACCCGACAACCAUACCAACUCUCUGGAAUAUUCUAUGAUACUACAUCAUGAGUGACAGUAAAUGUGACAGUCAGUUUUACAGUGUACAGGUGGCAGACUCAACCUUCACGGUCCUCAAACGAUACCAGCAAUUGAAGCCAAUCGGCUCUGGAGCCCAAGGAAUUGUUUGUGCUGCUUUUGAUACAGUUCUUGGGAUAAAUGUUGCAGUCAAGAAACUAAGCCGUCCUUUUCAGAAUCAAACUCAUGCAAAGAGAGCUUACCGUGAACUCGUCCUCUUAAAAUGUGUCAAUCAUAAAAAUAUAAUUAGUUUGUUAAAUGUAUUUACACCACAAAAGACUCUAGAAGAAUUUCAAGAUGUGUAUUUGGUUAUGGAAUUAAUGGAUGCUAACUUAUGUCAGGUUAUUCACAUGGAGUUGGACCAUGAAAGGAUGUCCUACCUUCUGUACCAGAUGCUCUGUGGUAUUAAACAUCUGCAUUCAGCUGGUAUCAUUCAUAGAGACUUGAAGCCUAGCAACAUCGUAGUAAAAUCAGACUGCACGCUUAAGAUCCUUGACUUUGGCCUGGCCCGGACAGCAUGCACCAACUUCAUGAUGACGCCAUACGUGGUGACGCGCUAUUACCGGGCGCCCGAAGUCAUCCUGGGCAUGGGCUACAAAGAGAACGUUGAUAUCUGGUCAGUGGGUUGCAUCAUGGGAGAGCUGGUGAAAGGUUGUGUGAUUUUCCAAGGCACUGACCAUUUUAUGUGAAGUUAAAUACAGCAUUUUAUUUUGUUCUAAUAAAUUUUCUAGCAGUUUUCCAUAGCCUUUCCUUUGAUUCACUUGUUCCAAACUAUAAAUAAGGAGGUCUUUAUUUUGCAAACAGAUUCAGCUUAAAAGGGAAAAGUUGAUAUAGUCUAAAGAUAAAUAAUUUAGAAGGAUCUACUUAACAUUUCAUUUGUCUCAAUUCUUAUUCAUUUUGUGCCUUUCCUUUUUUGAAUUAAGAAAUGUUUUCUUCAGAAAGUACAAAAACUGUGGAUACCUUCUGGUGCAUUAUGAAGUUAAUUUAAAGUUCCUACCUUACAUACUAACAUCUUGCAAUGUCAGUAACUAACAGUUUUAUAUAUAAGGCCACCUGAGGUCAUUCUCAAAAUAUAGACACAGAGCUAACAUCAUUUUUCAAAGGCAAUUUUUGCCCCCUCUUGCAAACAUUAGAUUCAAAAUUACUAGGAUGGAAAAAGAUUCUGGCAGCCAAACUGCAGUUCUCUGAGAUGUGCUUCAGAUCCGUGACCUGGGUAGAAGAGGGCCUCCUGUGCCCACAGCAGCCCAUCAGAGACAGGGAGCUGCAGCCAGCCCUCCUCGGGCUCACAGGAGUCCGGGCCUCCCCGACCCUUAGUCCCCCUUCAGUACAGUUGAGAGGCCCGUGGGAGCCGAGAGACAGGGACGAGCGCACACACCCGGAGGCCAGCCAGGCCUGUUGGGGGUGACGUUCCCUUCCCACCCCCACCCCCCCGUUAGUCUACAGAAAUGACCCUGUAUCAUGAACACACUAGACAUUUACUGAGCACCCUCCCUUUUCUAGGCUCCUAUCUGACUUACGUUGGGAAAGGUCGUCCCAGCUGCUGAGCCAAGGCAGACAGACUGUCAUGGGCAAGAGCAGAAGCAGAGAGACGAGGGGCUGUUUCGGAUGAUCAGUGGGAAGCGAAGGUGGUGAGCAGGGCUUCCCGAUCCUGCUUCGGCAGCACAUUAGGAACGCAGGGGUGAGGGAGGAGAAUAUGCUAGUGACUCCAGUGGCCAGAACCUGUCUCCCGAGCCUGUUCAGCUCUCCCAGGUUCUUCCACAGUGAUAUGAUUGCAUUUUUCUAAGACAAACCUCCAUUAGAUUUUUUUUUAAAAAAAUUUGAAAACUGCGCCUGGGUGGCUCAGUUGGUUAAGCGACUGCCUUAGGCUCGGGUCAUGAUCCUGCAGACCCGGGAUCGAGUCCCGCAUCG